GUAGGAAGUGUGUGGAGCUAGCGAGCAGCAGCAGCAUCGACCACAGUCUCAGCACGGCCGAGGAAGCUGCGAAAUCUCCCCCCCCCCCACCUCUCCGAAAUCUCAUUUCUCGACGUUUCCCCGGAGCAGACUCGUCCUCGACGUCCUCACCCUGUCAGAAGACACUCCGAGCAAUAAGUUGAAGCCAGCCAUGUACUUGAAGGUGGUGUUUUUCGCCGUGGCUCUGGCUCUGAUUGGCGCAGCAGCAGCAGCCGCCGCCGACGCGACGACGACGACGACAACCUCAGAUGGAUGUUCCAACUUGACAUGUGUGUACUGUGAAGCCAACAGUGAAUGCUUCUGGGCUAAUUGCAGCACACUGGUACCCAGCUGUCACAACAGCACAUUGUCAUCGUACAAUGACACCUGCCAGAACCAGAGCUGCUCAGCUUCUGAAAGCCCAACAGUCAAGCCUACGCCUCCCCCUACUACCCUGGCUACUUCCCUUCCUAGUGUCUCCCCCAAUACCUCUGCCACCACCGUUGCCCCUAACAGCACCGUCACCACAGCCAAUGUAACCUCUUCUACCGCUCCUCCAACAACUCACAACGGCACCGGCACGUCUACGACUCCAACAACUACUUCAGGUGGAACCAGCGUGCCGGGCACCCCGACGGCCACCCCCCACAAGAACUCCACCUUCGACGCCGCCAGCUUCAUCGGCGGCAUCGUGCUGGUGCUGGGCCUGCAGGCCGUCAUCUUCUUCCUCUACAAGUUCUGCAAGUCCAAGGACCGCAACUACCACACCCUCUGAAGCGGCCGCACUUUAGGUUAAUUCGACCGACGCCCUCCGACGAGACCCUUCGAAGAGAGAGAGAACGCCCCCCAACUCAGCACGCGCUCAUCAGGGCCGACUCAAACAGUGUUUUCAAGCAGGUUUUUUUUUUUUUUUUUUUUUUUUUAAUUUUUUGAUUUUCAAUGUUUGUGCCACUCUGGUUUUGGUCUGCAUUAGUGCCGCCGCCGUAUUGAAACCUCGCCCCCCUAACGCAUGCCUGUAUGUAGGACACUUCACCUCACGCCGACUUUCCGAACAGCGAUUGGGUGGUUGCGUUAUUUACAGCCUCCUCUCAUGCUUUCUCAAUUAAAACACAUCACAUGAGAGUUAAAGAAUUAGCCAUGCAUACAGAGUAGCCCUCUUUUUGAUGCUUGGGAGCAUGACAUCGACAUUAUUUCUUUUUAAAAAAAAAAAAAAAAAAAACGCGAUUCGGAAAUGCUGUUUGAGUUCACAGCUACUCUUAAAAGCGGCAGUGAUCGGGUCUCGCUUUUUUUCGCCCGUCAAAUUGAGAGUUCUCCUCUCCCCCCGCGCAGCUGUUAUGGUGUAUUUGUGUUCAUCGUUGAUGUAAAAGAGGAGGGGGUUACUUACAAGGGGACGUAAAAGCGAAACCCAGUCAUUGGUUUGUGCUGUUUCAGCCAACAAAAGAUGGUUUAAAAAAAAAAAAAAAAAAAAAACGAAGAGGAGCUCAGUGCAAUAAAUCAUGUAUCGUGUUUAAUCUCCCAACCUUUUAUUUCUGAUCUUUACAGACAUUGAGUCUCGGGGGGGUUGCUAACGCGGAGCUGACCCCUCCCCUUCUUUAGAGUAGUCAAACGGGGUCGGAGCGAUUGAUUGUAAGAAUAUUUCAGGAUUAGUUUGAUAAAAUAAUGUACAAAAAAAUAAAAAAUAGAGUAUGGGGAGAUUGGAAAAGUGGCAUGCACCUUCCUUGACGUGGACAGUGAGAGCAGUGAAGUGCCUUUAAUGUCCAGUAUGACUUAAAGAGAGAGACGGAGAGGGGAAAAAAAAAAAAAAAAAGAAGAGAAUGAGUCUUUCUGGUUGCGGCCCGUGUGCUGUCAUUAGUUUGUGAGAACGGUAUCGCGGUGCUGAUAUUGGUGAGAACAGUAGCAUCCCAGCUGGACUGAAGAGCCUUUUUUUUUUUUGUGUGUGUGUGUGCGUGUACAAAAAUACAGAAGGUUGUUAAGUUAUCGCUCAAGGGCCUCGGUCAGUCAAGACUUGUUCUCCGUAGGUACAGAAGAGGAAUAUAGUCAGUGCAUGGAACCUGCAGUCAUCUCCGCUGGUGACUUAGCAGAGAUCAUUUAUAGGCGCACUCAGGUUUAUAGCAUCUAACGCCGCCCCUUAAAUUUCAGAAAUUUUUAGGUGCGAUAAACCUGAGUGUACCUUUAAAGAGAAAAAGGAUUAAAAAAACAAACGAUUGGGCUCAACUUUAAAAAAAAAAAAAAAAAAAAAAAAAAGUGUGUCAGAGGAGCAUUCGCGGCUCCUGAUUUCUGCCAUGUAAAAGCAGAGGAUUGGGAAUGAAGAGUUGCUACGGCUAGGUGCGCUAAAGCUCACGUCCAGUCCUCUAAUUAGCUCGCUGCUAACUGUGAUUGUUUUUAUUUUCUUCCUCAUUCCCUCCCUCCUGUACAUAGCCAUCUCUUAUUAUUAUUUUUUUUCUUUUCGUUGUUGUUCUAGGUAUAUACUUAACGAAAGGCCAAAUGAAGAAUCGUUUCUCAGAACAUUUUGCUCGUUGCGGGAAUGUUACGUUCCUUUUCCUCCCCUCAUUGUUGCAUGCCAGACGCUAGACGGAGUUGUGAUCGUUUCCCCCCCUUUCCCGCUGCAUUUUGCUCUUAGGAGAUUUAGAUACACUUACAAAACCACUUGAUUAUUUGUGAUUAGCCCAUAUGCUAGUUGAAAGAAUGCCUUGAAGCGGUGUGCGUUAAGCCAAAGUCCUCAGUUUUGGCAUGGAAAUUGAGCAUUGCACUGACGAGCUUUGUUUUGUAACGUUGCCUUUGUAAAUGUUUUCAUGGUUCAGCCAUAAAAAAAAAAGAAAAAAGAAGAAAUGCUUGUAGAAAUAGUCUUGAAUAUUACUAGAUAACAGAUGAAUAAUCACCUUGUUUUGUAUGACCACGAGCCGUAUACAUCGAGUGCAAAUGUUUAAAUUUUUUUUUUGCCUGUAUGAUUUGGGAUUAAACGUUUCCUGCUGCUCACCAUUAACACGCCUUUUUAACCUACAGUCACCUGGUGGCAUUAGGCUAAAGCCCAAAGAGCCGAGUGUGCGAGGUAGGCUACAGAGUUUUGCCUUAGCCGCGCACAUUUGUUCACUCUCUCUGCAUGUGGAGUCCCUUCGCCCCGAAUUAAGAGAAAUAUUUGAGUUAUUUUUUUUUUCCUUCUUUCCUCCUCUCCCCACGCAGCUGUUGAGUGGUCUGCUGCUUUUUAACGCGGUGGCUGCAUUCCUUAAGAACGCGGCAUCACAUGUCGCGCCAAAAAACACGUCCGGUAUCCGUGGAAACCCGACGUCCCAUUGUGUCGCGCGACUCCUCCUGCAGGCCGCCGACUCAUCCCCUGCGCCUCCCGAGGAAAAGUGCCUUAUUCAGUUGAUCUGCCGUACGUAGUUGUAUCGUAAAAAAUGAGACGCCACAUGUAUUAGACAUCAACGGAGACUCAGCACUUUCAGCCCCUCACCCCCCCUCCCCCCGUCAAGUGGUUUUUCUGUGUUAAUUCUCGUUACAUGUGUGUUUUGUCACACCCAGCCUUAACAUCCCGAUCAGAGCAUUUUGUUUAGUGACGAGCUGUCCAGGCAACGACUCGGCUGCUUUUGUUUUUCGGUUGUUUAUCAGGACGGUUUUCCAGAAGCAUUUAGGUGUAAAGAAAUUAAAAAUGCAGCUUGUGAGUGAUUGUUAUAAUCCCAUAAAUAAUGCAGGUUUGAACUAGAUGACUGGCCUGCGUGCGGCCUGGACGGCUUCGUGGAAAUAAAAACCAAUCAGCAAGAGUGCGUAAACCACAGUCACAGACCUCCACAGUGUUCUCGAUUGCGACAUUUCCUCCUCUCUGCAGACGGGGGCACGCGUUCUCCUAGGUUGUCGUUCGCAAAUUGUUACAGUGGACGACUUAUUUCCCGCGCGGAGGGAUUUGAAUUUUGAAUACGAAAAUCCAAAUUUUGCUCAAGUCACAGUUUUCAGCCUGCAACUCAAAGUUAGGAGUAACAAGCCUUUAUCAUUUUUUUUUAUUAUUAUUAUUAUUAUUCCCUCCUGUUGCGUUGUGGCUUCAAGGGCACACAUUCAGUAGUGCCAUAUCUUUAACCUGUUCUUUUAGAGGCCGUCAGCCUUGUAGGUACGAGUUGUGGCUUUCCUCUCGACCCACUAUAACACACACACAGCCAUACACACAGCCAUACGUAGACCCUUGCAGGUGCCAGGUGCCACAAAGCCUCCUGAACUGUUUUCUGCUUAUUUUGGUUCCCUGUUUCUUUCUCCUCUUUCUUUUUAUUCGUUGGCCUUGUUGUUUUUUUGUUGUUUUUUUUUUCUAGUGUCGCCUUUUAGUUUCACUACCAAUAAAGUUUGAAUAUUGUUAAACAAA